AUGUCGGCCUGCCACAAGAGUCAUUCAGAGCUUCUGCUGAAUUCUCACCUUGACAGGUUCCCGAGAGGCUUGAAGCUGCAGUUCCAGGUCCGGCCCAGUGCCACGAGGAUUGAGGUCCUGGUGAAUGAGAAGGUCUUGGUGUCCAAGCAGGUCUCGAAGCUGCUGGAGGAUGAUGUGGCGGGGCUGUGGCCCACCGACCGCGCGAAGCUGAAGGCCGAGAUCCGGGGCUGGCUGGAGGAUUCCCCCGAGGAGCAGCAGCUGGUGCCCACGCUGCCGGACCCCUCGGUGCGGGAGAAGACAGGGAGCAGCUGGUUCGAGAUCGUGGGCUCCGUGAUGGUGAUCCUUUCCGUCGGGGUGGCCAUCUAUGUGGUGACCUACUUCUUGUCACUCGGGCUGAAGUCUGGGUCGAGCGGCGGCGAUGGGGACCAGCCCUUGGACCACUACGAGCUUUGA